AAUUAAUCCAACGUCCAAUGUAUUAUUAGUGGGCACAAAGAACAAACCUAACGUCCAAUGUAUUACACCAAGAACAAACCCAACGUCCAAUAUAUUAGUGGGAACCAAGAAUGAAUCCAACGUCCAAUGUAUUAUUAUACCAAGAACAAACCCAACAUCCAAUAUAUUAGUGGGAACCAAGAAUGAAUUCAACGUCCAAUAUAUUAGUAGGCAACAAGAAUCCAACGUCCAAUGUAUUA